ACACCUCGGCAAAAGCAACGAAAUUCUGCGACAAACCGGUCACGACAUCGCUUCGGCAUACUUUGAAGUAUUUCAGCAUGCGGCACUCCGGGCAUAUUUAGCGUUUUCAGAUUCCGACAUGCCGACGGAAAGCGAAACGAAAUCUGUGGAUUUCUUGAGUGGAUUGUCCGGACUGCUCACUGACCUUAUUGGUCUGGUGUGUUUAAGGGGCAGUCCGUUAGCUGGAUUCACAACAAUUGCCGGCUAUCAAUGCGUCACCAUCAACAUAGAGAAGCUAACGCCAGAAGCCGAUAACUUAACGUACCUUGUAACGACUCCCACCAUGGGGACUUCGUCUUCACAGAACGUGAAGGCGCUGCACGCUGCGUUCGAGCAAAGGGCAAAACCUUCACCUUCGGAAUCGCGAGCCAAUAGUUUACUCCAAGCUCGGCUCGCGAACUCCAGUACAGCGGACGCACUGAUUCCUCAGUUAGACGAGGAAGCCACCCCUUUGGCAAGUCGAAAGCGAAAAAGCACAUCCGAUUUGGCACAGGAGAGCUUUCGGAAGAAGGUAAUGAAAGUGAAUUCAGACCAGGAGUCUCAGCUGGCCAAGGAAAUAAGGUCAAUACCUGAUGAGAACAUACAUGUUCUCCCCGGGCAACGUUCCGAUUAUUUACGACAGAUCACGGGUCCUGAGAGCUUCACAUUUUGCUCUCCGUUUGACGAGCUGGCCUUCUCAUCGAUGUCUUUUCAAACGGCUGUUGACCAGCUGGGCGAAUUGCCGCAAAUAAGUUCAAACCUUCGGUCAAAGCAUCAAGCUAUAAGUCUACACAUGACGUCGACCCUGGAUGAGAAACUGAAGCGCUUCGAAGAAGCGGGACAGCGAUAUAACUUGCUGGCAAAGUAUUUAGAUACCCUCGAGACCAUGGCGCGGAACCUGAGAAGCGCCGCUUUGGUGCGGCCCGUUCCGGAAGAAGCAGCUGCACCUCCGCCGCUGGCUGAACAACCAGGACAAGCAAACGAGGACGAUGGGCCGCAGAAUAAAGAGGUGGAUAAGCCAAUGCUGGAACGCGAUGAUGGAGAAGACGAGGAGGAGGAGCACAGACUCAGCCCCGCCUGCAUCGAUGAAAUCGCGGAUGUGUCUCAAAGUGUGUCAUUGCCGACAAUCGCAGAGAGCAGUAACGAAGCUGAGCAUGCUGAAGUACCGGAACCCACGCAUAAUGUCACCCUGCAAGCUAAACUAGAGAAAAUCUGGGAGCAAAUGCCAAGGGAAGCUGAGGGGUCGACAGGGGCUCCGGCCUCACCGGCACAAAAUCUCGCAACAGAACGACGAUCACACACAGAAACAGAUGUGCCAGCAGUGCCGAGUGGUGAAUCGGUCGUGGAUGUGCCAAAAUCACCCGAAAGGGCUACCAACGGAACAGCGUCUUCACCAGAACCACAGCGAUUUCUCGAAAGGCGGAACGCCACUGGAGAACCUCCGAGUUCCAGCACAGUUUCUCAUCGGGCGGAGGAGACGCGUGAUGAGGCCGAGGCUGAGCCAGAGAACAGAGCGACAACACCAGCACCGGAAGUCAUUGUGAAAGUAGAAGCACCAACGCCUCGCAAGAUUGGCCUCGAGGAAUAUAUGCGAAUGAAGGGGAAGCUUGCUGCUAGCAAUUCGACACAAAAGUUCGAAGAGCCGAAACCGCGGGUAGAUACGACUUCAUCAGCGCCAUCGAACGAAGAGCGCGAAACCGAACCGGCAAAGGAACUCCGACCGUCGGGAAGUGCGGAAAAUGCCAAGCAACAGGAGUCCUCUGAAAGAGCGGAUGUCACGGCGGGGACGGGGCCUCCGAAAGAGAAACAGCCUGCCAAUGAACCAGCUGUGGCCGAGACCAAAGCGAUAUCCGUCGCACUUACCAGUCCGGUGGCCACCGAGGCACGGGCGCCAAGAGAGGAGAUCAAGCCGGCGGUCUACAAAAGCGAAUUGAGGAUCGUGACGAUAGACCGUCCCUUCGGGCAAACUGAUGAUGACCGAUCACGGGAGUCUGUCUUACGGAAAAGCAGCCCACACCCGCAUAGCCGCAGCCAGAGCGCUGAUCGGCCAAUAGCAAAGCGGCGAGACUCUCGCGGCGAACAUACUCCCAUCCGAGUCGUCUACCUCCAGGACGCAGCCAAAAGCCCUCCCCCGCGCUCCUCCCGCUCAUCAUCCAUCGACAGUCGCGAAAGAGAUCGCGACCGAUAUCACCGCUCUGCACCCGCUUCCAUCCGCAACAGCCCUACACUGAAAGACGAUAUUGAGGAAGGGGAAGUGGCCGACUCAUGGUCGGGGGAAACGCCUACGUCCUCGCGUUUCGAUCGGAAUCGGCGGUCAGGGUAUUUCUCGUUCGCAGAUCGAGAAAGAGAACGGGACCGUGACCGUGACCGCUCCUCAAGGAAUCCGGUGAGCCCCAUUUCCGUGCGAAAGCUCGACCGAGAACGAGACCGGGACAGAGAUAGUGCACGGAGUUACAGCCCAUCAGUCUCGAACCGCGACUCUGUGAGCUCAAGAGAUAGAUACUGGGACCGCGACCGGGACCGAGAAAAAGACCGGGCGAGGGAUAGAGACCGCGACCCGGAUCGGAAUCGCGCCCGAGACCGAGAGCGGGACAGGGAACGGGAACGGGACUGGAAUGACAGCAAAGAGCCGGAUACUCGCUCUGCGUCUUCCUCUUCUGCGUGGGAUAAGGAUCGAGACCGGGCAAAUCCAUGAAAACUCAUGGGUCUGUUCUCGGAUUGUAGAUUUUAAUGUCUGCCGUGACAUACGGAUUCUGAUUUUCAUCAGGCCGGAUGUGUUUGUCAAACGCGAUUUUUGUAUUGCAUUACAAAGACGGAAUAUACCCUGGUGAUGGGCAGUGAUAUCCUCGCUGCGAUCUCUAGCUACUUUUGGUGAAUACGUAGACCCAUCUAUGCAGGGGAGAGAAGAAACAGACCUCGCCCGGUACGCCUUCACAAAGCAAAACCCAAAGUAAUACGCCCGGUGCACUUUUUCUGCCCUCAGUUGCCGCGAAGAUCUGAACAUGGUCUCUCGGUUGUU